AAGGGAUCCAAAUAAUUUAUUAUCGUAGUUCAUUUCUGGCGCAGUGAAUACAAGUAGCAACAUGUGGACAGUUAAAGCAGUAGCAUUUUUAGCUUUGGCCUGUGUCGUCCUUGCAGGCAAGGAUUUGGACUAUGGUUUCCAACUGAUGAGAUGUGCCCAAACGGCCAUCACACGAGGCGUCCCCGAAUUGCACAUUCCUCAACAUACACCCCUUCACUUUGUUCACAAUGCCUCGUGGAGCGGUCAUGUCAACGUUGUAGCGGUGGAGCUGAACCUCACCAAUGGAAUUUGGUACGGAAUCCCCGCUUGGGAUCUCAAAGCUACCCAACUCACCGAAGACGGCAGCGACUACAUCGUGUACAAGUUCGAUUUAUCCUGGAAGACAAUGAACAUCACCUUCGAUUACUCCCUCAAAACCACCGAAGUUAUCUUGAACCAAGUACAACACGGAUCUUUCAGAUUGAACUGGACUGACGUCCUCUGGUCAGGAACUCUGAACGUCACCAGACCUGGACUCACCAAACUUGUCCAAGAAGUCAACCACGCUGACAUCGAUUGGUCUGUACAAGACCUCACUUGUGACAUAAACGGGCUAGGUCCUUUGAACGGUGUUGCCGGCUCCACCAUCGCCACUACCAUUAAAGAAGCGCUGAACCUCCGCGCGGUGACCAUCGGAGACUUCAUCAAAGACAAGCUCAACACCGUUUGGUGGGACACCGGCGUAAUCUGGAAACUCACCCAAUGGUGCCAGAAAAACAUCAACGCAACCAGCGAAUACUACUAGUAGUAUCUCCAAUGAUUAGCGCAUGAUAAUAAAUCGCUUGAGCAAAUAUUGUUUUAUUUUUUUUUUCAUCAAGUCUCGGUAUUACGUGCAAUUAGUAGCCUUGGCAUGUUAGCUACUACAAUGAGCCAGAGAGCAGAGUAACCAGUGGGGAACAUAACCGUAGGAGGCUCACGCUAACCUGCGGGUAUCGGUCCCAUAGGGGGCAUCGAGAACAAUACCUCCACAUCCAGGCGAUGUAUAUGUUUUGCAGAAAUUAAUUCCUAGGAAGCGUAUCAAUAUAACGUUAUUAAAUUACCAGCCGCGUAAAAUCCGAUCCAAUAAAAC